UCAAUUGUUCCAUUUCUAUUUCAGGAAAUCUGAAAUCAACAGAGAAAACCCACAAUUAAAUAUUAGUACAAACCAUAGGUUAUAUUUUACAUUCUGUUUGGCUGCUCUCACAGAACGUAUAUUACUCACAGUAAACAAUUUACGCAAGUUUUACUUCAUUUUUUUUUUUUUUAAAUAUAGCGUUAGCCCAGGGGAUUUCCGAUGGCGGACGAGACGAUUAUCAACGGUGAAUACUCUGACGAUAGGAAUUUGGAAAUCACCGGUGAUCGGACUUUGGAAAUCACUGGUGAUGAAGCUUCUUCCAAAAUUUCAGUUCUUAGUCAAAAGAUCGAUGGACUUGAACGGGAAAACGAGAAGAUAAUAUCCGAGAACAAAAAGUAUAAGGAGAAGAUUGAGGAAUUGACGGCCUCUGUUAAAGAUUCGGACGCAGAGAAUGUGGAGUUGAAAAAACAAGUUGAAAGUGCUGAAUCUGAGAGCAGGACUCUUGGGGCCGUGGCAUCUCGAGCUGCGGAGCUGGAAGCUGAGGUGGCACGCCUGCAGCACGACUUGGUGACUGCGAUGAGUGAUUUGCAAGAAUCAAAUGUUGAGUUAUCAGAGAUGAAAAGGGAUUUGGAGGAGUUGAAAGGAAAGGAAAAGGAGAAGGAUUUUAAGGUGGCAGCCAUUGAGAAGGAGAGAGAUUUGUUAGUGGUGAAAGUCAGCGAACUGGAGGAGAAUAAAAGUGAUUUUAGGAACGAAAUGGAAGGGAAGGAAAAGGAGAUUCGAGGUUUGAAGAAGAGAGUUGAGGAAUUAGAGGCUUUGGUGGGAAAGAACGAGGGAUUGGAGAAGUUGAAAAAUGAAUUGGAAAAGAAGGUUGUGGAAAUGGAGGGGAAAAUUGGGGCUUUGGAGAGUAAAUUGGACGAGGAAGUGAAGGUGAAGGAAAGGUUGAUUAUGGAAGGUGUUAAUGGUGGUAUUGAUAGGGUGAUUGUGGCCGAUGAAGAAAGGAAGGGCUUGAUUGGUGGUCUAAAGGAAAGGGACUGGGCGAUAAUGGUGGGAUCUGCUGUUGGUGCUGCUUCAGUUGUAGGUAUUGCCUGCUACCUUCGACACGGUAGUAAGCACUAAGCAGUGAUUCGAGUUAGAGGUUAGGAAGGCUCUAUUCUAACCCAAGAAAAAACAAGUUUUCAAUUUUGAUAAGUUCUAUUUCUUUUGUUUGUUUGGGUUUCUGUUCACUGAGGUUGGUGAUUUUACAUUUUAGUUGAUAAAAGUAAAUUUUUAAUAAUAUUAUUGUUGUCUAGUAUUGGAACAAUAUAUGUUUUAUUUAGAAACCUUCAAGCUCUGGAAUAUAGUGUGGUGAUUAUUGUGAAUAUGAUAUAUUGAAAUUUGGAUACUAUGAAGUCAAAUAUAUAGGGAAUGAUUUUUGA